AUGCACUCUAAUACAAAGACACUGGUAAAUCAGUUUAUGGACAAAAUUCAGGAAAGUCUUGAUUCUCAACUCAAAUAAAAGUCAAUCUACUAUAAUUUCGAUUUUGAGAAUUCUACUCCAACAGUCGCCUCAAAUAAUGAGACAGUAGACUGGAAUUUAAGUUAAGAGAGUUGCCGCCAAACUAAUUUCGAUAUUUUCGAAAAUUUCCAAUAUAAAGAUGAUAAAUCUCCUAAAAAAUCAUGCAAAAAUAUCUAAAAAGCUCCUAGUAUUAAUACUAUCCUUCCUAAGUUUACCUGGGUGCCUCUUAAAUCAAGUAUGGAGUCACAACAGAAAUUAGACGAAAAGUAGGGAAAUAAAGAUAAAACGAUGGCUGGGUUAUCAAACUUCAAUAGCAAAUUUAAUGACAUUGAAAUGGAAAAAGAUGCAAAUAUUUUCGAGGUGGAUUUAGUAAGUUUAAAGGAUGAAUCUUCUGUAUCAGUGAGGUAAGAAAUUAGUCACUAUAAGGGCAAAACUCUAAACGAUUUGAAUAACGAAUUCCGCAAUUUAUUGCGGCCAUCUUAAGAUCAGAAAUCAGGAAAAUUCUCUGUCCAAAAUUCAAAGACCAGAACACCUAUAUGGAGUCUACCAAACUAAUUAAAAUUGAAUUUUGACAAAUUUGGACAGACUCUUGGCAAGAGAAAAGUUUCUUUAGGAGAUCAGAAUGACAAUUAGUUGGAUGUUAUCAGUAGCAACAAAGGUUAAAAAAGGCAAAAGAUGUGUGAUUUUAUCACAUUAUCAGUUAAUAAUACUACUUAGAAAACAUAAAAUAAAUCUUGUUUUCAGCCUAGUAUUAACUAAGCUGAAAAUCAAGAUAUGAUUAGCUUUUCUAGUCUGUACUUAUCAUAAAACUCAGAUGAACUCGAUCAGGUCAACCAAAUUAGUUAGUGA